GAAGCGCUCAGAAGCAACUUUAGGGCCGUUAGAGAGAAAACCAACUGGAAUUUAUCACCUCUUGCAUAAGAAUACACACACAGUCAACACGUAAGGUCAACAGCGCGCCCCGGUGAGGGGGGACAGGACCGCGGGGACCGAAGCUGACAGUAAUCCGCUGCUUAAAUAAACUCUCUGGACUGAGCACAGAGGACCAGACUCUCCUGUCCCUCCAUGCAGGAGAACUACCUGCAACUUCAGAUUAAUCUCAGAUGCGUGUGAACUUUGAAAACAUCUGCACGUGCCAUUCCAUUUUGGAUUCCCGGGACUUUUUUGGCACACCUUUACGCACGCCCGCGCUGCGCCCUGUGACUGUCACACACUGUCUGAUCUGACUGUGUGAGAAACUUUCAGCCCGGGCCAUGCUGCAGUGACUCCAGCACGCUGUCUGGGACUUCAUGAUCAAGUUGUAAACAGCAGGAGGCGAAGAAGGAUGCUUGGGAAACAUUUCUAACACACCGAGCGGAGGAGACGAAAUCUUUUCGUGUGACUUGAUCGAGCAGGACCGAGGACAGUAAAUCACAAGGAGGCAAGUGGGCUGCAGAGGUGAAGCGAGGACAAGACAGGUCGGUGUCUCCAAAUUCACCGGACUCGAGUUUCAGCCGCCCCGGGGGCUCCUGGUAUUAAAGCGUGCAUUUGACCUGGGAUAAGUUGUCAACAAGAGCAGCGAGCGGAGGCAAACUGGCAGGUGUACAAGUUCAUUUACAUGCAUACGUAUAUUCACGCCACUAUAUAUAGAAGUUGUCUUAGGGACGAGCAGCCUUAAAAAGUUUCUCCACCCACCCGCCGGCCCUGCAGCAGCCCCACGCACCGAGCGUGUGCGUGUGUCUAUAUAUACACCAUACAGGCUUUUAUUCCUCUUCGCAAUCUGUAUCCGAGAGGGCUGCCCGCCGUCGGUUUGGCUGUGAGGGCAGGAGUCGUCGCAUGGACUGAAAUGGCCACCGACCUCGCCAUGAGCGCAGAGCUGCCGAACAGCCCUCUGGCCAUCGAGUACGUCAACGACUUUGACCUGAUGAAGUUUGAGGUGAAAAAGGAGCCGCCGGAGGCCGACCGCUACUGCCACCGUCUCCCGUCGGGCUCUCUGUCUUCCACCCCGAUCAGCACACCCUGCUCCUCCGUGCCUUCCUCGCCGAGCUUCUGCGCCCCGAGCCCGGGCGCGCAGCCCAACCAGAGCCUCACCAGCGGGGUCAACAGCGGCAGCAGCAACAACAGCAGCGGCAACAACAAUCACAGCAACGCGGGCAAGCCUCAGCUGGAGGACCUGUACUGGAUCCCCAGUUACCAGCACCACAUCAACCCGGAGGCGCUCAAUCUGACCCCGGAGGACGCGGUGGAGGCCCUCAUCGGUAACGCGCACCACCAUCACCAGGCCUACGAGGGUUUCCGCGGGCAGCAGUACGUCGGCGAGGACCUGUCCACGGCCUCGGCGGGCCACCACCACCAGGCCCAUCACCACCACCAUCACCACCACCACGGCCACCACGCCCGCCUGGAGGACCGCUUCUCGGACGAGCAGCUGGUCAGCAUGACGGUGCGCGAGCUGAACCGGCAGCUGAGGGGCUUCAGCAAAGAGGAGGUGAUCCGCCUGAAACAGAAGAGACGCACCCUGAAGAACCGCGGCUACGCGCAGUCCUGCCGUUUCAAACGCGUCCAGCAGAGGCACAUGCUGGAGACCGAGAAGUGCACCCUGCAGAGCCAGGUGGAGCAGCUGAAGCAGGACGUGGCGCGCCUUGCCAAGGAGAGGGAUCUUUACAAGGAGAAGUACGAGAAGCUGGCCAGCCGGACCUACAAUGCCGGUGGACCCGCGAACACGAGAGACCCGUCCGGGAAACAGGCCAACACCGAGUUCUUCAUGUGAGAGACUGACGAUUUGUAGCAGAGACUCCGAAUUACACCCCACCCAAACAUCCUUGUUACAUUAAUUUAUAUUUUUCUGCGUUUGUAUUUUGUUUACAGUUAUUCCCUCGACAGAAAAGACUUAAAACAACAACUAAACAAGCAUUAGAUGCGCAUUUUGAGUCUUAAAGAUGUUUUGGCUAAACUUCUGUCAGCUCGCCUGUCAGGUGAGCACAUGGGAUCACUCAGCCUGCAGACUUUGCUCUGAUACAGCAGAACCUGGUCAGAAGUCUUACUGACCCGUUCUGACAUUUAACAUGACUGUCUUAAUUCAGAGAGAGAUGACUUUGUCUUAAAACUGGGGGAAAGACUGGUUUCUUUAGAAAGCCAGACUGGACUGAGCUCGAGGCAGAAAAAGCAAUACACCGUCUCUGUUCUGGCUCCAGAAAGCAGCAGACUGUUGGUGUGAGAGUGAGGCGGUCUGUGAUGCAGAGAAGAGACCUUUCAAUAUUGCAAGUCUAUAGUCCCCCCCGUCCCUAUUUGCAACCCUGCAUGCAGGACAUGUAUGGUACCCCAACCCCCCCGGUCAUUUCCCAGAAUCCUUCCACAUGUAUGGAAAGCAUGGCCCAUGGUUCUCUCCUCCUCCCUCCUCCUCUGCCAUCAGUAAGGCCUGGGUAUGCAAAAAGCCACAAAAAAAUGUCCCCCCCCCCCAUACCCCCCCGGAGAGGUGCAAGGACUGCGGACAAAAAUGCAACAAUCUGCUACUGAGAAACAUGGAUGCGUCUCUAACUGCUAUUUUCAAUCAAUUUUUCUAUUGUUUUAAAAAGAAAAGAAAAACGACAAAAAGAGAUUAACUGAGCCAGAUUUUAGACUGUAUUUAUUUCCACCUGUACAUAAUGUGUAGAGAAAAACAGUUAACUGUGUUAUUUUACCUUUUCUCUUUUUAAAGAAAACUGCUUUUGUUGCUUGGAUUCUUCGAAAUGUCUUAAUACAAAUGUUUGUAUGUUACAGCAUGCAAAUCGUCUAUGGUAUCCUCCUCCUACUGAACAUGUGUAAUGUCAAAGGCAAGCCUAUACUGCACUAAGAAGAGAUCAAACUGGACAAACGUUUUGUUUUCUACUAAUAGGACCUUUGAUCUGUCACUCUCUAAAAACCUGGAUGUAAAUUAGAUGAGGCGAGAGCUUCAUUCAUUAGAUGGACAAGGACUGCAUUCGCUGCUAAAACUCUAUGCACCAACCUGAUGAUGAAAAAGACUUCCUUUAAUGGUUCUUGUUUUGUUUUGUUUUUUACUUUGAACAUUUGUAGACGAAAAUUUCUAGGGCCUGCGCGUUUACUCUGCAGCCCGGUGUCUUAAUGAGGUCUUGCGUCUGAUAGGAGGAUGCGUGAUUGUUUGAAAAGAGGAGGCUUCGCCCGGUGGUGGAGCUUACUGUUCUUGGAGUAACUCGAUGCAUUAUUCUGUCAACAAGAAAUCCCUGGUUCGUGUGUUUUCUGCUGCCUAGAUAUAUGUGCAAUAUUGUGCAGAAGGGUCCGAUGCUCAGCCUACCUGUUGGAUGGCGAAACCUUGGAGGAGGGGAGACUGGAAAUAUUACGUUUAGGUCAAAACGCCACAGAAAAUCUACCAGAAAAAGCAAAAUAAAUGUGAGAUUAAUAUUUCUUAUUGCUCCACAAAUGUCCGAUCUUUUAUGUGAGCCAAGAGAUCAAAACUAUCAAAAAUCAAUCUGGCAACACAUCUGCAAAUUAAUCUUAAUAAAAAAAUAAAAAUAAAUAAAAAUUCCCUUCAGUAAAUUUGUCUUCGGUGUUUGGGGGUUUCUAACCUCAGCUUUUAGUCGGCUAAUAUUUCCUACAGCAGGUAGAGCCGAAAAAUUGACUGCGCUAAAUAUAAAAAAAGGAGAUUAAAAAAAAGGAAGUAAACUUCUGCACAGUGCUGUUAAUGUAUAUCUGUACAUAUAAUUUCUAUAUUUAUUCAAUGAACGUGUCCUGACGUGUCAACAAGUGAAAAACCUACAAGUGGAACGUUGUUGAGAAUCUUGUUUUCAUAAUGUUUAAUAAAAAGUUCUGUCCCACAU